AUGCCCUCCCUUUCAGACCACAUCGACCAUCUCACAGCAACAGCCAAAGCGAUUCACACCUCUGCAACGAGCAUCCUUCCGACAGAUGACAAUCCCGCCGCUCAGACAGGUCCCUUUACACGCGCCGUCCUCGACACUCCACUCGGUGAUCUCAUACGCGACAUCGAUACCUCCGAACUCGGCCUCUUCUCACUUGUACCUCCCCCAGAUGCCGGCGUUAGGAAGCAGCCAGAGAAUGGUCCCAGAAAGGGCGAAAUAUCUCGCGCAGGUUUUCCUGGAGCAACUCCGCUGAGGAGACUGCCAACUAAACGCGACGAGGCAACCAAACCAAGAGAACCCGAGCCCGAAGUAUACGCCAUGGCGGCUCUGAAAUACCUGGAUCGAUACCAGUCGAUACGACCGAUGCCACGGGCGCGAUCACAAGUCAUCGCACUCACUCAACAACUGACUGAGGUUCGUGCAAAUAUAAAGCACCUGAAUGAAACUUUGCACCAAUCGGCGUCGUCUGCACCGUCCUCAGCACCAACACAGACCUCGAGUGUCGCCGAAGAAGAAAACCGGAUACAUGAACUACAAGACCGCCUUGCGGAACUCCGCUUGCAGAAGGAGUCACUGCUGCGAGCAAAGGAACCCCGAGGACGCCACAACAACCCAUCUGUGUCUUCAAAAUCUAACCUUAGUCCAAACCAUCGCGAUACAGCAUUCUGGUCCACCCCCUCCACACCCGCUCGCACGCUGCGCUUCAGUGAAAAGUUGAUGGACGAGGAGAUUAAAUUCGGCGACGUCUCUACGAUAUCGUUUGAUAGUCCUGAACCUGUUGCACCCUCGGUAUUUGCCAAUCUGACCACCGGAGGGGGUAUUAGUGGCGCAGGCUUUGAUGGCUCUGCAAUGGAUGAUAGCAUAUUCGAUUCCGUUAAAGAUGGAGGCGACAUGGGGCUUGGGGGACAACCUGAAUCCGCUUUGAGCAGGCCGAACGAAAUCAAGAUCGGUGACCACGGCGGUGGAGGUGCGGGAGAAGAGGAAGGAAAUGGGGAAGAGGAAGGAGAAGGAGAAGAAAAAAUCGUUCCCUACGCGCGGCCGAAUGUUGAUGCUGCUGUGCCACUGGUAGAGUCUCGGGUGGCCUCGAACGCUUCGAAAGUGAAGGUGACACCAGAACUAGAACGUAUUGUGGCAAAAAUAUGGAGUACAGUGGGCGAAAUAAUUUUGCCAGGUAGUCCUUAUUCGAACGGUGCGAAACCACCUCGGGCGAAGGAAACGCUGGCUCAUAUCCAAGUACUGGCCGUGCAGUCUCCGACACCGCAAUCGCCGACAUCCUCUAGUGUCUCUUCUUUAACUUCAAUCUUGUCUUCAGGCACAGGAGGUGGCCCAACGCCUCACCAGAUCAAUACCGCGCAACUGUUGUACACAUUGCUAACGGCACCCGGUUUUGCAAUGCAACUUAAUAAACUCAAGGCGGCUAUUGGCGGGACGCGAGUGCUAUACGCUUGUGUGGCAAAAAAACUUAUUCGUAUCGACAGGAGUAGUGGAGAGCAGGUUGUCCAUUUUGACGUUUAG